AUGGAUACAGAAUAUGAGAAAGAUCACAUCAAAAAGCUGCAGGAGCAGCGAAUGUCCAUGCAAAAGAAAACCUUCACCAACUGGAUGAACAAUGUCUUCUUCAGGAAUAAUGUAAAGAUUGUGAUAGAAGAUAUUUAUACCGAGCUGAAGGAUGGCAUAUAUCUCAUGCGACUCCUGGAGCUGCUCUCUGGAGAAUCUUUGCCCAGACCGAACAGGGGAAAAAUGAGAGUGCACUUUCUGGAGAACAACAGCAAAGCCAUUAUGUUCUUGAAAUCUAAGCAGGUGCAAGUAAAAGUGAUUGGCCCUGAGAAUAUCGUAGAUGGUGACAAAACCUUAAUCCUGGGACUCAUCUGGAUCAUUAUACUUCGAUUUCAGAUUUCAUCUAUCAAACUUGAUAAGGAAGAAUUUGGAGGCAAAGCUGAUUUUCUCUUUGCCAAUGAAGCCUUACUAAUCUGGUGUCAGCAUAAAACUGCCAGUUAUUCCAAUGUGAAUGUGAAGGAUUUCUCCAAAAGCUGGAGUGAUGGGUUGGCCUUCAACGCACUCAUUCAUGCUCACAGGCCCGAUCUUAUCCACUACAGUUCGCUGCGGCAGGACCAGCCCAUCAAGAACCUGAACAACGCCUUCAACGUUGCAGAGAAGGAGCUGGGAAUUGGUAAGCUGCUGGAUGCUGAGGAUGUGGCAGUGCCCCACCCAGAUGAGAGGUCCAUCAUGACCUACGUGUCGCUGUACUACCACUACUUCUCCAGGCUCAGACAAGGCCAGACAAUCCAGAAGCGACUUGCCAAAAUCGUAUCCUUCCUGAAGGAGAUAGAUGACUUGAAGCUUCAGUAUGAGCAGAUGGUCUCUGACCUCCUGAAAUGGAUUAAACAGAAGGUGAUGGAGCUGGAUGAUCGUCAUUUUCCCAACACUCUUCAGGAAAUGUGGCUGCUCAUGGCUAACUUCAAGACCUUUCGCACAGUGGAGAAGCCCCCCAAAUACCAAGAGAAAGGUAUGAUUGAAGCUCAUCUCUUCAACAUAAGGACCAAGCAGAGAGCCAACAACCAAAGGCCAUACCUGCCCCCAGAAGGGAAAACACUACAGGAUGUGGAAAAGCACUGGAUUAUCCUGGAAAAGGCAGAGCACAACCGGGGAAAAGCUCUACAGGCAGAGAUGUUGAGGCUAGAGAGGCUGGAACAGCUAGCUCAGAGGUUCCGGAAGAAGGCAGCCCUGCGUGAGUCGUACUUGGAAGACAUGCAAAAGGUGAUUGGGAGGCAGGACUUCUGGCCGGAGAGUGCAGACAGGAUGGAGGCUGCCAGUAAGAAGCUGGAAGCUAUUGUGGCAGAUGUGUUUCCCAGGAGGGAACGCUUCACAGAUUUGGCUGAAAUGGCUGCAGUCAUCAGCCAGGAGAACUAUCAUGACAAGGACCAAAUCAAGAAGAGGCAAGACAACAUUUCGAAACAGUGGGAAGAUCUUCUGGAUCAGCUGCAGAGAAGACAACACUCUCUGAGGGCAAUGCAGGAAAUUUUGGGCCUCAUGAGGGAUAUUGAUGCCAUUACAGAGGAGCUGAAAGAGUUACAGAUACUGGUGAAUUCCCAGGAAUGUGGGAAGCAGCUCUUGGAAGUAGUAGAUUUGCUGCAGAAGCACAACCUGAUAGACUCACAAAUCUCUUCCUAUGAUGACAGAUUGACAUAUAUCACCCAAAGGACAGCAGAACUCAGCAAGGACAAGACAGUUAAACCAGAAGUGCUUUAUGCGAAAGUUCAGAUGCUUCGUCAGCUGUAUCAGAACCUUGGAUCUCUGAGCAAGACACGCAAAUCUCAGCUAGAAGAGGCCUUGAAGCUUUUUGAAUUCUUCCGUGACUGCAAGGAAGAAGAAUUAUGGAUCUCUGAGAAAUGGAAGCUAGCAAGAACGACAACAUUAGGGAAAGAUGUCAGCCAGAUUACAGCCUCUAUUCAGAAGCACAAGGCCCUGGAAGCGGAGUGCAACUCCCAUGGGGCUGUUUGUGCAGAUGUCAUGAGGAGGGGCUGGGAGCUGAGCCAGAAGAACGAGGCGCACAAGGAGGACAUCCUGAGGCAGACGGACAACCUCCAAAAGCUGUGGCAGCAGCUCCAAGAUGAAGUGGCUGAUCGCAAAAGACGCCUGCAGGCAGCAGCUCUCAUCAAGCAGUACUUUGCAGAUGUUGAUGAAGCAAAUUCAUGGCUGCGAGAAAUACAGCCCCUUCUGGCCAGCAAGGACUACGGGAAAGAUGAAUCCAGCACCGAAGCGCUGUUGCACCGGCACCUGCGCCUGGAGAAGGAGGUUGCAGCCUACUCCUCGGAGAUGAGGCGCCUGAAGGAGCAAGCGGACACUGCGGCAGAGCAAGCACCCGCUGCAAUGGUAAAGGCAGAAGCUCCAAGUGACUUAACCCAGAGGACAAUUAGGCUGCCAUUCAGUCGAACCUGGGCUACAUCAGAUACUCUGCUUUCUGGUAGUCAAGAUGUUCAUUUUGUGCCUGAGAACAUCUGGAAGACCCAAGAGGAAAUAGACUCACUCUACAAAAAUCUGCAGAGCCUGGCUGAGGAGAGAAAGAAGGCUCUGGAGGACAUGAUUGGCUAUUACCGCUUCUGUAGCUCAUGUGAAGAAUUCCAGUCCUGGAUGAAAGAAAAAGAGAACAUCUUCCGGACUCUUCAACCUCAAGCAGAUAAUGUGGAGGUCAUGCAGCAGAAAUACCAGAGCUUUUUAAUGGAACUGGCUGCAGGGAAGGGCCAGAUGGGAGAUAUUGAAAAAUUAGCUGGUAAAUAUGCAGCAAGAAAUCCCAGCAGAUACUCUGAGAUCCAAAUUUGGCUGGAAGAGAUCAAUAGCAGGUGGGAAUAUAUGGAAUCUCUGAAGGAGGAGAAGGGCUCAGAGCUGAUUGGAGUGGCCGAUGUGAAGACUUUUCUCCAAGACUGUCAGAGCAUUGGGGUAGUCCUGCAAGACAAGAUGGUUCAACUCAUGGGUCUGGAACCAGGAAACUCGGCUGCUGGGCUGGAGUCAGACCAGCGCAAACUGUCUGCUAUUGAGAGAGAGGUCCUGGUGAUGGAGAGGAAAAUUGAGUACUUGAGGAGUGUUGCUAAAACGAUUAAGGACACGAACCCUGCAGAGAGCAGGGCUAUCACAGAGCAGGUGGAAAACAUGGAGAGGCUUCUCAUAAAGCUCAAGUUGGAGACCAGAAAGAAAUGGGACAAUCUGCAGCAGGCACAAAACCGGCAGGCCUUCCUGCAAGACAGCCGAAGGCUCUUUCUGUGGGCAGAAGGCAUCAGGGAGCAGCUGAGAAGUGAAGAAAUGGGUGUGGAUGUAGCUUCUGCAGAGCAAUUGCUGAAGGAGCAUCAGGACCUGCUGAAAGAAAUUAGGUCUCAAAAGGAAAGAUUUGUGCAGCUGGAAGAGCUGGGGCGCAAAGUAAUCCAUGAACAAACCAGUAACAGUAGGACCAAGGAGGUCCACCAGUCCAUGGAGAGGCUUGCCGAGGAAAACGAGGAGUUGGAGAAGAUGUGGGAGCAGCGACAGAAAAAGCUGCAGGAUGGUCUGGAAAUGCAGAAGUUCAACAGGGAGGCAGAUCGUAUCAAUGCAGCUCUCUCAAGCCAUGAGGCCUUCCUCCGGGGAGAUGACCUUGGGGACCAUGUUGAUGCCGUUCGAAACCUGCUAAAGCGUCAUGAGGAAUUUGAACGACUACUGAUGGUGCUGAAAAAACGAGUUGAAACUCUGAAUGAGAAUGGGGUGAAACUAAUAGAGAAUAGACACUUUGCAUCUCACAGUAUUGAAGAGCGAAUGGCUACUCUCCAGCAAAGAUGGGGACGGCUGGUACAAAGCAAUGCACAGAGAAAACAGAGGUUGUUGGAUUCCCUGCAGCUACAGGAAUUUAAUCAUGAUGCUGCUGACCUUUUGAUAUGGAUGGAAGAGAAGUACAAGAUUGCAUCAGAUGAAUCCUAUCGUGAUCCAACAAAUGUUUUGCGCAAACUGAAGUGGCAUGAGGCUGCUGAGAAGGAAAUGAUGGCUAAUGAGAAACACUUUGCAACACUGAUAAAGAAAGGAAAUCAACUGAUUCAAGAUGACCAUUAUGCUGCAGCUUCUAUCCAGAAUAAGAUGUCAGAGCUGCAGAAGAAGUGGGAGAAAUUGUAUCACAAGAUGAUAGAGCGGGGUGACAAGCUGAGACAAGCUGGGCAGCAAGAACAGCUCAUGGAACUGCUCCAGGAUGCUAAAAAGAAGAUAGAGAAAAUUGAGACGGUUCUUCAUGAGUCAGGAACAGGACAUGAUUUGCGCACCAGCCGUGAUCUUCUCAAGCAGCACAGGCAGCUGGAAAAUGAGACACGAGAGCUCGCAGAGAAAAUGAACUCUAUUGUGUCUCACGCAAGGAAAAUGGCCACCAAUCACUUUGACUCACAGAGAAUUCUGGAUGAAACACAGAAAUAUCUGAAAAGAUUUGAGUCUUUGCAAGCACCUCUUGAGGAGAGGCGUAAGUUACUGGAAGCUGCAGUGGAUCUCUAUGAGUUCUAUCACUAUCACGACAUGGAGCUGACCUGGAUUAAUGAGCGACUGCCUAUCGCCCAUUCCACCAACUGUGGGAAGUCCUUGGAUGUGGCUCAAAGCCUGCUGCAAAAACACAAGGAAUUGCAGGCAGAAGUGAAUGCCCACAAACAGCAAGUCCAACGGGUCCUGGAUAAAGGAAAAGCAAUGGUUGUGAGCCAGCACCCCUCUACUCAGAAAAUAAAUGAGAAAUGCCAGGAGCUUAUGACUGCCUGGCAGGACCUGGAGAAGGCCUGCGAGGAAAGGAUGAGGCAGCUGCAGCACUCGAUUGGCUUCCAAGAGUUUUUAAUGAACACCUCAGACCUGGAGGCUUGGAUAGCAGAAAAACGCCCACUUGUGACAAGCAAGGAUUAUGGUAAGGAUGAAGAUGGAACACUGAAACUCCUCCAAAAACAUAAGGCCCUGGAACACGAGAUCGCUGUUUACCAGACUUUGAUGAAGGAACUGAGUGAAAGUGCCCAAAGUCUUCCUCUUGUGGGCUCUGCUCAGUAUGUUGAUGUUGAUGGCCCAAAGGACCAAGCUCAUUCAAAACUCCAGGAGUUGCAGGAACUAGCAGCAGAAAGAGGGAAGAAACUGGAUGAGACUCUUGUCUUGCAUGAAUUCCUGCGGGAAUAUGAAGAUCUGCAGGACUGGAUCACUCAACAGAAACAAGCGGCCAGCUCUGAAGACUAUGGCAAUGACUAUAAGCAUGUCUUGCAACUUUGUGCCAAAUAUGACAUAUUCCAACAUCAGCUGGAAGCAGCUGGGAAGAGAGUUGUGUCUUGCCAGCAGCUAGCAGAGAAUUUGCUGAAUCGUGGCCAUUCUGAGUCCAGGGAAAUCCGGCAGAAGCAGAAAGAGCUAAGAAACUCCUGGGAGGAGCUAUUGGAAAUUACCAGAUUGCAAGGUGAACGACUAAGAGAUGCGGAAGCGAUUCACAAGUGUUACCAAGACCUGACAGAUGCUCUGGCCCAUAUUGAGGAAAAAUCCAAAAGUAUUCCAGAUGACAUUGCUAAGGACAUGAGAGGUGUGCAAACCCAGCUCCGCAACCAUGUGGCCCUGGAGCAUGAGCUUGUUGGGAAUGAACAGCAGCUUCAGGAGCUGAUUCACUCUGCGGAUCACGUGCUGGCCCACUGCUCCAAGAAGCAGGUGGCAGACCUGCAAGCAAAACAGCAGGCCAUAGUGACAAACUGGAAGGCCCUGAAGUCCAAAGUGGAGCUGCGCAAGGAACUCCUGGAGCAAGCGCACAAGCUCUACCAGUUUCAAGCACACGUGUGGGACUAUUUCUCCUGGGCAGCAGAAAUGAUAAGGGAAAUGAAAGCCAAAGAGACCAUUCGGGACAUAUCUACUAGCAGCCUGAGACUUACCCAACAUCAACAGCUAUUGGCAGAGAUUGAAGCACGAGAAGAGAAAUACAAUCAUGUUGUACAGCUAGGACAAUCACUCUUGCAAGAUGAGAAAUUAAGAACAAGCGAGAUUCAGCAGAAGCUACAGGCGCUGUUGGAAGAGAAGGAGAAUGUCUACAAUGAAUGGAAACAGAAGAAGGAGUGGCUGGAGAAAAUACACCAAGAACAGAUGUUCUACAAAGAUUGGGAUCACCUGGACAAGCUCCUGAACUCACAGGAAAUUUAUUUGAAAAGCAGUGACCUUGGAAGCUCUGUAGAUGAAGUGGAGCGACUGAUCAGGAAACAUGAGGCUUUUGAGAAGCUUCUGGCUUCACAAGAUGAGAAGAUGAUGUCUCUUCAAGAACAGGCAAGCAAGAUAGAGAAGACUGGUGGACUGGAAGGACUGCAGAUCCAGCACAAACUGAAUGCAAUCCUAGAGAGGAGGCGGCAGAUCAAGGAUCUCUCCCAGAGCAGGCGGGAGAGGCUGCAGACAGCCCUUCUUCUGGCAUUUUUCUACCAGAACCUGGGAGAGGCAGAAGACUGGAUCAGUGAGCGCAUGCAGAAGCUAGAAGAUCCUUCCAUACAAGACCCCAGCAACCUGCACGACAAAAUGAAGCUGCUACAGAAGCAUCAGGUCUUUGAGGCUGAGAUUCUAGCAAAUGAAGAAAUCAUCACAGCUGUUAGUAAGAAAGGAGAAGCCCUUGUGUCAAAAGGCCACCCCAAAUCAGCGGAGAUCCGUUGUCAAGUCCGCACGCUUCAUGAGCAUUGGGAGAAGUUGAAGAGAGCUGUUGCUGCCCGGGAAAAGAUGCUGGCAGAUAGCCGGGAUUUCCUUGAAUUUCUCCAGAAGGUGGACCAGGUGGAAGCCUGGAUUAGGGAGAAAGAAGUUAUGAUUAACGUAGGUGACGUGGGAAAUGACUAUGAACACUGCCUGCAGCUCAUGAAAAAGCUGAAUGAGUUCCGUGGAGCAGCAUCAGGGGAGGUGACAGUGGAUGAUGCGCACAUUAAAGCUAUCAAUGCCCUGGCCAUGAAACUGGAGAGACAGAACAAGGACGAAACGAAGACAAUCUAUCAGCGCCGGAAGCAGCUCAAUGAGAGGUGGAACAGUUUCCAUGGGAACCUGAAUGCAUACAGAAAGAAGUUAGAGGGAGCCCUAGAAAUUCAUGCCCUAAUCAGGGAAAUUGAUGACAUCACUGAAAGAAUUAGUGAGAAGAGUGCAUUAAUACAAGCAUUGGAUUAUGGGAAAGAUGUGGAAAGUGUGGAAAACCUGAUUCGAAGGCAUGAAGAGAUGGAGAGAGAAAUCAGCGUUAUAAAGUCUAAAAUGGAGCCACUGGAACUGGAAUCUUUCCGCCUUUCCACAAGGAAUCCAUCCAUAAAUGACAGACUGACUGUGAAGCAACAUGAGAUGAAAAACAACUGGCUACGACUCCAGGGGCAAGCCAAACAAAGGAAAGAGAAGUUGGCGGCCUCGUAUCAGUUGCAGAAGUUUAAUUUUGAAGUGAAGGAGAUGUUAGAUUGGACCCAAAAUAUCAAAGGUUUAAUGGAAGCGACAGGGCUUCCCAAAAGCCCAAAUGAAGCAGAAAGUAUGAUCGAGGAACAUCAGGGGAGAAAGGAGGAGAUUGAAGCACGAGUGGAAAGAUUCAACUCUCUGAGCAACUAUGGUCAGAGACUUGCCAAUUCUGGUCACUAUGCAACCCCAGAGAUUCACCAGUCCCUCUCCCGACUACAGCAAGCCUGGUCUGAAUUGAUCCAAGCAUGGCAGGAGCAAAAUAUAAAACUAUUUGAGGCUCAAGAUUUACAGAAAUUCUAUGGCUAUGUGGAGCAGACUGAGAGCUGGCUUAGCAGCAAAGAGGCUUUCCUAGCCAACGAGGACUUAGGGGACUCAGUGUCUAGUGUGGAGAGUCUACAGCGUAAACACAUGCAGUUUGAGAAAGCCCUGGAAGCUCAGAUGGACAAAAUUGAUGAGAUGGCUUCAUUUGCUCAGCAGCUAGCAAAAAACAAGCACUAUGACUCAGACAAUAUCACCAACAGAUGCCAGGCCAUUCUGAGGAGAAAAGAGAAACUGCUGGAGAAUGCUGCUGCUCGCAGACGUCUGCUGGAAGAAUCAAGGCUUUUGCAGAGGUUGCUGAAGAAUUCCUUUGAGGUGGCUGCUUGGAUGAAUGAGAAGAAUAGUAUUGCCCAGGAUGACAGCUGGAAGGAUCCAAGCAACCUGCAGACCAAGCUGCAGAAGCAUCAGGCUUUUCAAGCGGAGAUCAUGGCCAAUAGAAAUCGCCUGGACUCCAUCAAAUCUGAUGGGGAGAAGAUGCUCCGUGAGAGGCACCAUGCCCCCGAGGCCAUUCAGUCCAGAUUGCAAGAAAUGGAAGAGCUGUGGGAUGAGCUGCUGGCAAGCUGCCAGGAUAAACGGACCAAGCUGCAAGAUGCAUACAAGGCCCUUCAUUUCCAGCGGAGUGUAGAGGAUAUGGAGAAGUGGUUGGAAGAUGUGGAAAAUGAGCUAAGGGCACCAUAUAGUAGCAAUGAUCUGGUGGUUUUGAACAGUCAUCUGAAGAAACAAGAGGAACUGGAGGAAGAUAUUGCUGGCCAUAGGGACCGGCUGCAAGAGCUGGUGACUAUAGCUCAGGAGUUUCAGCAGGAGAAGCAUUUCCUUGCUGAUGAGCUUGAAGACAGAGUAGAUCAGCUGGUGCAGAGAUACAGAAGUCUACGUGAUCCACUGCAGCAGAGACGUGGGAGUUUGGAGGCAAGCAGGCUUCAGUACCAGUUCUUCCGAGAUGUUGAUGAGGAGCUGGCCUGGGUUCGUGAAAAACUCCCAAUGGCUUCCUCCAGGGAUUAUGGCCAAUCCCUGGCAACUGUUCAGAGCCUGCAAGAAAAGCACCAGAUUUUGGAGAAUGAGAUAAACAGUCGGGAUGCUUUGACCAAAGUGGUGCUCAGUACAGGACAGAAGCUGGUAAGGGGAGGCCACUCAGCCUCCCACAAGAUUAUGGAGCAUCUGAAGGAACUGGAGACAUCUGUAGAAAACUUGAAGGCAGAAGCUCAGGGGAGGAGGCAGAGACUCAUGCAAUCAUAUGAGGCCCAUCAAUACCUUGCUGAGUUAUUGGAGGUGGAGGCUUGGCUGGCAGAGAGGAGCUUCAUCUUGGGGACCUCUGAUUAUGGGAAAAAUGAAGAAUCCACCCAGGCUUUACUUCGGAAGCUUGAAGCCACCAAGCUGGACAUGGAGGGCUUCAGACCCCGGAUUGAGAAAGUACAGGAGACAGGCAGCAGCUUAAUAAACAGAGACAACCCAGAGAGUCCAGCCAUACUUGCGAAGCUCCAGGGGAUCCUAGCAGACUACCAGUCUCUCCUACAGAAGGCCGAGACACAGAGAAAAUGUCUGCAAGAACAAUUCCAGCUGUAUCAGUUUGAAAGAGAAUUCCAGCUGGUGGAAGCCUGGCUGUCCAGCAAACAGUCUGUGGCGGAGUCUGAUGACUAUGGACAGGACUUGGAUGAUGUUGAGGUACUGGAGAAAAAAUUUAAAGAUUUCAUAAAUGAGGUGAAACCUCUUGGACAUUCCAAAGUUCUUUCCCUAAAUGAAUUAGCAUCUAAGCUGGAGAAAGAGGGCCACAGCAAGACAGAAGUUAUCCAGAAGAGAACAAAGCAAAUCAAUGAAAUGUGGGAGAAACUGUGCCAAGCCAUCCAGACAAGGACAGAGAACCUAAGAGCAGCCCAACAAGUUCAUCGAUUUGAUCACGAUGUGGAUGAAGUAAAGGGCUGGAUGCAGGAGAAAGAGGCAGUGGUGGACAUAGAAGAUUACGGAUAUGACCUUCCAGGUGUACAGACACUUCUAAGCCAGCUUGAGGGAGUUGAGAGAGAUCUAGGAGCCAUCAUGAAAGAGCUGGAGCGGAUUCGGGGAGAGGCUUGGCACCUCAGCCGCACCUACCCUCAAGUCAAGGAAAACAUUAUGGAGAGACUCACGGACGUGGAUGAAUGCUGGGGAAACCUGGGCCAGAAGUUCCUGGAGAGGAAGACAAGACUGAGCCAGGCAGAACAAGUCCAGCUCUACUUCAAUGACUGUAGGGAGCUGAUGGCUUGGGCCAACGAGAUGCAUGCACUCGUGAUAUCUGAGGAGCUGGCAAAUGAUGUCCUGGGAGCUGAGCUGCUUAUCAAGCGCCACGAGGAGUACAAGCGGGAGAUAGAGAAGCAGUGGCUAAAAUACGAAGAAAUGCAGCGGGCCGGAGACGAUCUGAUGAAGAAUGGCCAUUUCAUGUCUGCGGAGAUUGAAGAAAAAUUGUUAGAGCUUUCAGAGCUGAUGAAGAAGGUGAAGGAUAGCUGGGACAUGAGGAAAGAGUUGUAUGAAGAAAACUGGGAGAUUCAGUUGCUCCGGAGAGAACUAGAACAAGCAGAAGGAUGGCUGGCUGCCAAGGAGAGCUUUCUUUUGGAUCCUAGCUACGGGGAUUCACUGUCUGAGGUAGAAGAACUAUUGAAGAAACACCGGGAUUUUGAGAAGAUGCUUGCAGCUCAGGAGGAGAAAUUUGCUCAACUCAACAGGAAAACUAAGAGGGAGAUGAAUCUUCUGAAACAAACUGACAGAGAAGAGAAUGAUCCAAAAGAUCAAGGCAAAAUAGUACGGGUCCCCUCUCUGAAAAGGAAGACAUCUGAUAAACGGAAUCAGUCGCCAAGAGUGAUAGAGAUAAAAAGCACAAAGCCACCACCGACUGCUCCUCUACCCAGCCUGGCCUUGGGAGCACCCCUUGAAACAAUUUUCUCCCCUCUUGAGAAGUCUCCAGCAGCAUUUCAGCUGUUGAGUCCUGAGGAAAGCACCAAAACAGAGAUGAAAGAUGAGAGGAGACUCAGUGAGACGAUCCCUCCACCUACACCAAAGCCAAUGGGUACCCAAGCUACAACACUGGAAAGUCACAGUUCUCCAACAUCUCCCCUAGCUCCUGCUCUCCCAAACCAGCAAGGCAGCAGUGGUUUGUUGGAAUCACGUUCUCCAGGCCUUUCAUCUCCCCAAGAAAAAAAUGCCAGAGGAGUCUCUCUGUCCGACCUGCAGACAAAAGCAGUGAUAGCUCCACCUGAGGCUGGCCAAAGGACACAAGAUAAAUCACCAAAUUUAUUGCUGUCUGGUUCCUCUCAGGAGAUAUUAGAGAACGCAUCUUCUGUUUCUGCAAGUCUCCAGCACAUGGAGGGAUUCCUCGAAAAGAGAGACCAGCUCCUUCCAGGAAGACAACAGCCAGGCUCAAGGUCUUGGAAAUUUUUCUAUGUAAAACUUGAUGGUCUCAAACUUGAUUUCUAUGAUGAUGAAAAAGAAGCCUCUAAGAAGGAAUCCACACUCCUCUCUCUCAACAUUGCUGGCGCCACAUGUGAGAGGCUGAUGAAGUAUAUCAGGAAAGAGAACGCCUUCAUGUUAAGGCUGAGAGAUGGAGCAGAGUAUUUCUUUGCAGCACCUUCUCAGAUGCUGAUGGAGGACUGGCUGCAGUCACUGCAGAAUAAUAUAGGACACAGUAACAGGCCAAAGGUGCAGCCUUCUGUUCCAAAUACAGAGACUCCUCAGAAAAGAGUGUGGGACUUUCCAGAAAGAGACUCUGCUGAAAGACUAACGAGCAAAAGCUCUCUCUUGAGGAGAACACCUUCCUUCAAAAUCAAACCAGAGAAAGAGCCUGCAGAAUUUUCCAGAGAUUUUAAGGAAGAUGGGACUGAAGUAACACGAGCGUCCAUCACCACAUUGAGACCAGAACAAAGUGCACAUGCCGCAAGUCGCAGCGCGAUGCAGCAGCAGCAGCAGCAGCAGUGGUAG